AUGUCCAGCUCAGGCCUCACAAGACGCCGCGGCGCGGGCGGCGCUGGCACCCCCGUGGCCAACGACGGCGAGGGCGGCGGCGGCAGCAGCAACGCCGCCUCGCGGGCCAACCUCAAAGACAAUGGCCCCGAGACGAGCUACGAGAACGGCGAAAACGGCCACAAGAUUGCCUUUGACCCCCGCGACAUGAGCGAGAGCGCCGAGCGCACCAAGCAGCCUAAGCUGACUAUGAUGGAGGAGAUUCUCCUGCUCGGGCUCAAGGACAAGCAGGGCUACCUCUCGUUCUGGAACGACAACAUUUCCUAUGCGCUGCGCGGGUGCAUCGUCCUCGAGCUGGCCUUUCGCGGGCGCAUCAGCAUGGAAAAGGACCCUUCACGAAGACGCUUCCCCCCUGCCGACCGCAACAUUGAAGUGAUAGAUGACACCCUCACCGGUGAGGUCCUCCUCGACGAGGCCCUCAAGAUGAUGAAGCAGAGCGAAAAGAUGAGCGUCAGCUCCUGGAUCGACCUGAUGAGCGGCGAGACGUGGAACCUGAUGAAGAUUGGCUACCAGCUCAAGCAGGUCCGCGAGCGGCUCGCCAAGGGCCUCGUGGACAAGGGCAUCCUGCGCACCGAGAAGCGCAACUUCUUGCUCUUUGACAUGGCCACGCACCCCGUCGCCGACGGCGGCGCCAAGGAGGAGCUCCGCCGCCGCGUGCGCAACGUGCUCACCCAGCGCACCGUCGUCCUCGGCGACUCCCAGUUUCUGCCCGAGACGCUCGAGUUUCGCCACCUGCGCACCGUCUGCAUGGUCUGCGCCGCCUACGCCGCAAACGUGCUCGAGAAUGCCUUGUCCACGCUCGGCCACGAGGCCCGCGAGCGCGCCUUUGCCCAGACGGACGACCUGCUCGCCGACUACAGCCAGUGGCCGUUUGGAAAGAAGGCGACGAGCAACGGCAUCGGCGCCAACCUGCCGCAAAUUAUUAGCGAGGAGGUUGGCAAAGCCAAGGACAAGGAGCUGCAACUCGAGGUCGUGGCUGCGUGCUUGAGCGUAUUCACACGUCUCGACUCGCUCCUGUAG